UUCAUCCGUAGGUAACUUCAUCGAGGAGCAUCAUCAGGGUUUUUAACUUGUCGGGUCCAAUGUGAGACAAAGAGUAUGUGUAACCAGUUGUAAUGACUGUGGCUGAACCACAGAUGGAGCUCAAUCAAGAAAGUGAACAAUACAAUGCGGAGAAGUUAUCGCCAAAGAAAGAGCAGAGUCCUGGAGGAGGACGUGAAGAAUGUGGUCUCACCAGUGCUAAUACGAGUGAUGAAACUUUGACUUCAGUUUCCGGUGGUGAGGAAUUGGACGUUGAUGUAGUUGAAUCUGAUGACAACAACAUAUCCGCCGCGGAGGAGGAUCCAAACGCUACUGAAUACUCAAGCUCGUUUUCCGACACUGCAUCCUCAGAUGCUGACAUGUUGUUUAACGGACUGAACGAAGAAGCAGAGGUCGAGUCUCAUUACUGGGAUGAAACCGACUUAGGACCUGCUUAUGAUUCUUUUAGCAGCAUUUUUCAUUUUAGGAAGAAAAGGCUAACAAAUCACUGGAAGAGCUUUAUCCGGCCACUGAUGUGGCGAUCCAAGUGGGUUGAGUUACGAAUUAGGGAGUUAGAGUCUCGGGCAUUAGAAUAUCCGAAGGAGCUUGAAACAUAUGAUCAAGAAAAGCUUGGAGCUAAUAUUGAUCCAUCUGUGCUGGAAACUUGUGGCGAAGGGAUAAAGUCGUUGCCUUUCUCCAAUCCGUCUUACAGGAAAAGAGCAGCAAAGAGGAGAAGAAAGCGUAAGAAGGUUGAGAGCACAGAUGAUAUAACUUCGUAUAUGUCCCAUCAUAACCUCUUUUCUUAUAUUGAGACAAAGAGGUUGAGCUCAGAUGGAAUGGCAAUGGCUGAUGAUUUUGGUGCUGCGAAAGAUCCACGGAUUGAUUCAAACAACCGAGUAGAUUUAGAUGACGAUGACUCACUUUUCGAUCACCGAGAAGGAGAUAGUGUCUUAGAAGAGGUCCUCUGGAAAAUCGAGCUGGUGCAUUCGCAGGUUCAUAGAUUGAAAACCCAAGUUGAUGUUGUGAUGUCUAAGAACGCAGCAAGAUUCUCUUCCUCAGAGAAUCUGAGCCUUCUUGCUGCUAGUUCUGCGCCUAGCCCGACGGUUUCCGCCGGAGGAGGAGAUGUGAUCUCCAUGGGAGCUAUUUACAACGCUUCUCAGCACAUGGCAGACUAUGUUCUCGGAGACUUAGUUUUCGCAUCGGAAGGAGUGAUUUCGAGCUACGGGGAUGCGUUUCAUAUUCCUGACAUCAUCGAAAGUACUGUUGGUCUUUUCGCCGAUGCAGAUGUCACAUUACAUCAUCCUCAAAUUGGAGAUUCUUGUGAAGAUAUUUUGGAUAAUAUCUUGAUUCGAAAUGGCGUGGCUGAAGAGAUGAAUGCUGAUUUGAUGGAAACUAGUUGCCAUGAAGAAGCUGGGAAAGCAGAGGAAGGUGAAGGAACAAGCAUGGCACCAUUGCAACAAACAGAACAAGAUCACCAAGAAGAUAAAUCUUUGGUACUACUAAGCCGUGAAGAUUCGGUUCUGAGAUCAUGUUUAGCUUCUGAGAUGCUUGUUGUUCCUAGGAACAAAAGGACAAGAGGUGGAGAACGUAAAGCGAGUUCCUGGUGCAAGAAACAUCUCAGCGAUCCUGAAAGCCAGUGAUUGAUGAAGAAAACUCCGUAAGCUUUUAAUGAACAGAGUCUUUCCUCGAAAUCAAUUACACAGGAAGGUCUCUGGUAAUGCAUCACAGUGGUUAUGCUUGGUUACUUUCAGCAGCAAGUGUCCGAGGAAAUGCAUCUUUGAAUUUUCCCCUAAAUGACGAUAACUCUUUCUGCUUCAGUUCCUUGUUUCUGAAGGUUUCUUUAGUCUUUUCUUUUUCCUUCUCCUGCAGGUUAUGUUUUACAGAACAUGUAGCUUUUUUUCCUAUCAUUUUCUUCUUUAGUUCCUUGUUCUGUUUUGUGAUGUUGAUGAAAAGUUAGAGAGAAGACACAAACUGUGUAUAAUAAAGGUUUUAGAUUGUAGUUCUGUUACAAUUUAUGAAAACUCAGUUCUUUACUGAAAAAAAU